UCCCUCGGCUGAAUCUAGUUGAGGAUCCUUUUCCUCGGCUGAAUCUAGUUGAGGAUCCUUUCCCUCGGCUGAAUCUAGUUGAGGAUCCUUUCCCAUGCCGUAAUAAAGCUGUGCGCCAGGCGGCUCUCUCUCCCCGGUAGCGGCAGCUAUGGAGACGAGCCCAGACAGCGGGGAAGGGGAGUGGGGACUAGAGGAGCGGGGAGAUUCACUGACAGCAGCAGUUAUGUUCACAUUAACAUAACUCGGUGAUUUUCGAUGAGUGGCUGGACAAGAUUUAACAAACCGUGGAGUCGGCUACGGUUUAUGACCAUCCUUAGGUUUCCCUCUGAGCUCUCUAGCCACGGACACGAGUACUGGAUAUAAUUGUGAAACCACCACGGUGGUGACCAUCCGUUUAAGAGCGGCUCCUGUAAUAAAGGUGGUGACCGUCCCUUCAAGAGCUGUGUGUGCAGUGUGGAUAUAGUGUGAUCCCGCCCAGAGAGCUGGAUGUGGAGCAGUGAGUGUGUGUCUGUCUGGCUCACUCCUCUCACACACACCUUGCCGCAGCCUUGGACAGAGGGACACAGAGACAGCAGCUACCCACUGAACCUCUCUCCUCCCUGGGCUGUGAGACCGGACCUCCACCCCCUCCCCUAGCUGAGGACCAGGAGACCUCUCUAGAGACCCACAGCAGACCUCAGAGCAAUGUGACCACUGACUGAACCAAGCCAGGACCAAACAGGCUGUUAUGGAUCUGAGAAGAAUAAGAAACAGAAGAAACAGCACGCUGUGAAUCCCUGCUGGUCCAGUCACAAUGGUCCCAGUUCUGUUUUUGAUGGCAACCACAUUAACAACAAAUGACACUUCCAAUGAAGACCAGACAGGUGAAGACACUAAGUCCCAGAGUUCCCACAUCCUGCCUACCGUGCUGGUCAUCUCCGUGCUGCUUGUCAUCAGCAUACUGCUGGCCUGGUACUUCCUCAGGUUAAGAAACCAGAGAAAGGAGGUCGUCACAACAGUCGACAAGAAAAUACCGAAUGGAAUCCUGGAAGAACAAGAGCAACAGACAGUGGUGCUGCUCCCCAGAUCCCCCUCUGCCUCUAAGACCUACUUCCCCAUCCCAGUCGACUGUCUGGAGGAGGAGACCAGGAUACGUUCCGCUGACGACGGCAAACUCUUCAGAGAGGAGUUCAAUUCGUUGCCGUCUGGAUAUACCCAGGGGAUAUGCCAGGAGGCCAACAAAGAAGACAACAGAGAAAAGAACAGAUAUCCCAACAUCCUCCCAUAUGACCAUUCCAGGGUGGUGUUAACACAGCUCGAUGGAAACCUCUGUUCAGACUAUAUCAACGCUUCCUAUAUCCAUGGCUACACGGACAAUAACAAAUUUAUUGCAGCACAAGGUCCUAAACAAGACACGGUAGCAGACUUCUGGAGGAUGAUAUGGGAACAGAAGACAGCAACUAUUGUCAUGCUGACCAACCUGAAAGAGAGGAAAGAGGACAAGUGUUACCAGUACUGGCCAGACCAGGGCUGUUGGACCUAUGGUAAUGUCCGGGUGGCUGUGGAAGACUUUACUGUGUUGGUGGACUACACCAUACGGAAGUUCUGCAUACAAUAUCAGGCCAGUGACGGCACCAAGCCCUCCAGGCUGGUCACCCAGCUCCACUUCACCAGCUGGCCUGAUUUUGGGGUGCCCUUUUCCCCCAUCGGCAUGCUCAAGUUCCUCAAGAAAGUCAAGACGGUCAACUCCUCCUUCGCUGGUCCCAUCGUGGUUCACUGCAGUGCUGGUGUGGGAAGGACAGGGACCUUCAUUGUGAUCGACGGCGUGAUUGACAUGAUGCACCAAGAGCAGAAGAUUGACGUCUUUGGUUUUGUGUCCAAGAUACGAGACCAGCGCUCACAGCUUGUACAGACAGACAUUCAGUACUCGUUCAUCUACCAGGCCCUGUUGGAAUACUACCUCUACGGAGACACAGAACUGGACGUGUCAUCUCUGGAAGGACACCUGCACAAACUCCACAACACCCACGCCCCCUUCGACAGGGUCGGCCUGGAGGAAGAGUUCAAAAAACUGACCAACAUGCGGAUAAUGAAGGAGAACAUGAGGAUGGGAAAUCUCCCUGCCAACAUGAAGAAGAACAGAGUGCUCCAGAUUAUUCCAUAUGACUUCAACAGAGUGAUUAUGUCCAUGAGAAGAGGCCAAGAGUUUACUGACUACAUCAAUGCAUCAUUUAUAGAUGGCUACAGGCAGAAGGACUACUUCAUAGCGACCCAGGGUCCUUUAUCUCACACGGUAGAGGACUACUGGAGGAUGGCCUGGGAGUGGAAGUGUCACUCCAUCGUCAUGCUGACUGAACUACAGGAGAGGGAGCAGGACAAGUGUUUCCAGUACUGGCCCACAGAGGACUCAGUGACCUAUGGAGAAUACACUGUAGAGAUGAAGGGAGACACUGUGUGUGACACCUUCAGUGUACGGGAUCUGGUACUCACCUACGGAGCAGAUAAGCAGACACGUCUGGUCCGCCACUUCCACUUUCACGGCUGGCCAGAGAUCGGGAUCCCAGCCGAUGGGAAAGGAAUGAUCGACAUCAUCGCCUCGGUGCAGAGACAGCAACAGCAGUCAGGAAACCAUCCCAUCAUCGUACACUGCAGUGCUGGUGCAGGGCGAACAGGUACGUUCAUUGCACUGAGUAAUAUCCUGGAGCGGGUCAAGGCCGAGGGCCUGCUGGACGUCUUCCAGACGGUGAAGAGUUUACGGAUGCAGAGACCACAUAUGGUCCAGACCGUGGAACAAUACGACUUCUGCUACCGGGUGGUACAAGACUUUGUGGACAUUUUCUCAGACUAUGCCAAUUUUAAAUGAUGAAAUAUUUGCCUUACAAACAUAUUUUAUGUUCAAAUGUUGUUUUUGAAAUACCAGUCGGUCAGGCUUUGUGUUAUGUCCUUAGAAGGAUUAAAUGGUUUUCUAUUUUGCUAUGCACUUGUCCUUACUGUAACUAAAACUCCAUCCCUCGCUGUAAUAUACUGUAUGUCAAUGGACGAAAAUUUGUAAAUGCCAAAAUGUAAGAUUAAUAAUGUAUAUUUCACAUCAUGUAUAAUAAUUAUUUUGUAAUGAAAUUCAAGUGUUUUUUUUUUAACCUUGAGUCUCUUUAUUCACAUAUUUUAGUUGUUGUAUGAUACUGUACUUUUGUUAAAAAAUCUCAUUUAUUCAGACUGAGUGUUUAUUUUGGCUUUGACCAUACAUGUAAAGUUUCCUUUGAAAGUGUAGCUAUUGUAAAUGUUUUAUGUAUUGUUGCAGACCUUCCAUUUAUUGCAUUCUAAGAACGUUAUAUGAACAUUAUUAAGAUAUUCUGACAUGUAUUGAUGCCUUCUAUCUGUGACUAGAGGUGAUAUCUGAUCUAUAUUUGAUUUAAUUGGAAAUAACCCUUUUUUUAAUAUUAAGGUCUUUACAAUGCAAGUAUUUUGAGGCACAAUAUCAAGAACACAAAAAAAUAUGCAAAGUAAGGAUAUCAAGUUACAAGGAUAAUAGUUUAAAACAACAUUAUAAAGGAUUGUAAGAAUUAGUUUCCAUUAACCUGAUGGAAGUAGUAGCCUACUUCAGUUCAGCAAAUCAAUAUGCAACUACACAUAUAAUAACAAAGUACCAGUAAUACAGUAGUACUAAUAAAAUCAGUAGUACUAAUACAUUAAUACUGCAGUUUUUUUUUAUUUGUCUCUCCACGGCGGCAAAUAUUUAGCUAAAGCCACUGCACAUAUUCUGAAGCACAUGUACAUCACCGAGCAUACCAGCAAGGAGUAUUACAGAUACAUUAUGUCAAAGAUGUUCAAUCUGAAAAGAUACAGUCAUCAUGUGUAUAUUCAUGUGUAUUGCUUUAAUAGCAGUGGGAUACAUAUUUAAAUGUAUGCAGUCCUGAACUGUCCAUAUCUUUUAAAAGUGACGUGUAUUAUUUGACCUAAUAGGAAGGUGUCUGCUGAUGCAGUUGCCAAAAUAACUAUAGGACUUAAAACACAAUUCAUUCUGAUCUGACGCAACAGUCAGUGUGACCUGUAAAAUUAAAAGAUUUAACGGAAGUGCAUCUAAAUGAACUCGAACACAAAUAUAAAUACGUUAAAAAAAACAAAAAAAACCCACAAAAGAUGGGCAUAUUUAUUUAAAAUAACGAUCCUCAAUCUGUUAAUUAUAUAUCCAUGUAAAUGCCAUAGCUUAGUAUUCAGACCUCAGUGCCGUUAUAGUAUACUGGCUACCACCAAUCUCAUGAAAUACAAUUAUCCUCAUUAUGUCAUUACACCAUUUGCAUUGUUGUGAAAGAUUAGGACAGGAGGUUUCCCCAACGAAACAUUACCUCAUAAACUCCAGCAGUGCUUCAAUACCAGUUUUAUAAGGGCUCCCUUUGUAUAGGAAUGUGAAAUCAAUCCACCUGAAUGCCAAGGGCCCAGAAGCCCAGAUACACACCCCUCUGUUUCUUUAUGACAUGUUGAUACAACGGGAGGAUGAACUAACCAUGUCUGAUACACAGUGAACAGGGAUGUUUAAUAGUUGGGAAUAUGGAAUUGUUGGAUGCUUUGUCAGAUGAGAGUUGUUGUUCUGGUGGAAUGGCCCAACAUAAUCUCUCUCUAUCUCUCUCUCUGUCUCUCUCUCUAUCUCUCUUUCUCUUUCUCUCGCUAUCUCUCUCUUUCUCUUUAUCUCUAUCUCUCUUUCUCUCUGUCUCUCUGUCUCUGUCUCUCUUUCUCUCUCUCUCUCUCUCACUCUCUCUCUCUCUCUCUCUCUCUCUCUCUCUCUCUCUCUCUCUCUUGUUGUUUGAUGAAGAUGGAGGGUGUUUUCAGGUCACACCUCUUCAUCUUUAGUUUUCUGCUUUUCAUUGUCUCCCUCUCUUGGAUUCUCAAUGUCUUUUAAAUGCCAUGUUGCUAUAUUAAAUUAAUUGAAAAACCUA